UCCUGCUCCUGCCCGGUUCCUGCCGUGCCGCCCGCCUUUCCGCUUCCCGCCGGGAGAGGCAGCCCGCGGCAGCGCCAGUUGUACGGAUGGCUUCUUUUGGGUGGAAGAGAAAGAUUGGUGAGAAGGUCUCAAAAGCUACUUCUCAGCAGUUCGAAGCAGAAGCUGCGGAUGACAAGGAUGCGGCUGAUGAUGAUAGUAACUGGGUGCUCGCAGCAAAGAGAAGAAAGGAAGUUCUUGUAGAAGAUUGUAUAAGGAAGAGUAAGGAGCUCAAGGAUGAAGGGGCAGAUUUGGCUGAAAAUAGGAGGUACAGAGAGGCUCUUGUCAAGUGGGAUGAAGCACUUCAGUUAACUCCAGAGGAUGCUACACUUUAUGAGAUGAAAUCACAGGUCCUGAUGUCUUUACAUGAAAUGUUCCCAGCGGUGCAUGCAGCAGAAAUGGCUGUUCAGAGAAACCCACGUUCCUGGGAUGCUUGGCAGACUUUGGGACGUGCCCAGCUUGGAUUAGGAGAGAUAGCACUGGCAAUCCGUAGCUUCCAGGUAUCCUUACACAUCUUUCCAAUGAACCCAGAAGUAUGGAAAGAAGACCUUUCCUGGGCAAGAAAACUACAGGAACAGCAGAAGGCCACAAAGACUGAGUCAGUGCACGCACUGGCAAAAGGAGAGGAGCUUGUACAAGACUCAGUCCCAGACUAUGACUUUGAAAGUGAUGAAAUUGUGGCAGUCUGUGCUGCCAUUGCAGAGAAGGAGAAAGCUCUUUCAGCAGCUAAAACAAUGGUGAUUGUGUCUGCUUCAGGCACAGUAGAGACUGUUACCGAGCAGGACAAUUGUUCUGCAGCUCCUGAUGAAACCCUUUUCAUCAGGGCCCGGUAGGGCAGCCUCAUGGGUUGGCAUGCCCAUAGUUUUAAGAACUGCUGUUACUUACUGUAUUUUGCUUGCUUUGUGCUUGUUCUUUUUUUUUUAUUAAAUGGUAGGAUAGCCCACAAAAGUUAAAAAAUUGAAGGUUUUCUUUUUUUUUUAAGUAAAAAAGCAAUGACUGAGUUGUUGUUCCAUCUGUACUUGCAAAAAGAAAGCCAAGAGUUGAUUCUAAAAAUUCCAAAUUCUUACAAACAAAUGUAAUGUUGAAAUGCUUAGCUGCAUUCUAACAGCUGCUUUCAUCUUUGUGUAUUUCAUAAUUUUACAAGUUAAUGUGUACAUUUUCCCAGUAAUUAGGAAAGUUUUAUUUAAACUGUAAAAGUUCUGUGGUUUAUCCCUAGCUGGCAACUCAGCCCCAAACAGCUGACUGCCUCCUGGUGGAAUGGGGGGGGAGAAUUGGAAGAGUAAAAGUGAAAAAUCUUGUGGGCUGAGAUGGAUGCAGCCUAAUAGGGAAAGCAAAAGCUGCACAUGCAAGCAAGGAAAAACAAGAGAUUCACCCAGCAGUUCCCAUGGGAAGGCAGGUGUUCAGCCAUCCCUAGGGAAGCAAGGCUACAUGAUGUGUGACUUGGGAAGACACGUAGAAUAUCCUCCCUUCCCCUAUCUCCUUUCCUCAGUUCUGUGUAUUGUGCUGUGAGAUUGAAUAUCCCUGUCAUCAGUUGGACUCAGCUGUUCUGGCUUAUCUCUUCCAGCUUCUUGUGUAGCCCCAGUCUUCUCACUGGUGGGAUGGGGUGAGGAACAGGAAAAGGCCUUGACCUGGUGCAAGCACUGCUCAGCAAUAAUGAAAACAACUUGCGUUAUCAACACUUGCCAGCACAAAAUCAAAAUGUAGCCCCCUACUUGAAACUCUGAAGAAAAUUAAAUCUAUCCCAGCCAAAACCAGCACAAAAGAAGGAAUGUUUAAAAAUUACUUCAGUCACUAUGAAAUGACAUUAUUUUUCUUCCAGUAAAAGUCUGAACUGUUUUCUGUUAUUGACAGUCUUUAUUUUCAUUAAGAUUACUUGUUCUAUGAGAAAUUUUCCUAUGAAGCAGGGAUGGAUUAUUAUUUUGUAUGUCUGUGUGUGACAGAUCUGAUUUGUAGCCAAAUCAAGUAGAAACCUUCAUAUUGCUUUCCUCAGUGAGUGAGUUAAACACUUUCUGAUUAGAUGAAAGGAAAUUUUUACCAACCAAGGCCCAGAAUGCUUAGUUACAACUAAAUGUUUCACCAAAAGAAAGAACACUGUUUGUGACUGAAACUGGCCUUUCCUUAUCUUGUGUGCUCUGCUAGAGACAUCACCAAAAGUGGAAUGGUGGGUGUAGAAGAUAUGGCUGAAUUGUAUCGUGUUUGGGGCUUUUUUUUCCUAGUGAGGCUAAUCUGAUAAAGGGAGUCAGUUUGCUUUUCCUAAUCCUUAUGACCUGCCAUUAAAAGUAUGCUCUUAGGGGAAAAAAGCCAGUUUUCCAGGACAGCACUGUUGGAGUCUUCCUUUUUGUCCUUUUUUGAUUUUGGAUGCAGAGGUGGGCAAUGAGGCAUACCCUAGGAAAUUUUUUUUAAUGUUGCUUUUUUUUCAGGGGAAGGUGGCAAUUGGUUCCUCACACAGGCAUUUCAAAGAAAUUAAAUCAAGCUAUUUCUUUCAUGUGCUCUGUGCUGAGACUGUUUUUAUUUUAUUGUCUUGGAGACAUGGUAGAGAUGAUCACAUCCAAAAAUUAGUGGAAAAAAUGGUCCACCGAGGAAUUCCUGAAGAAUUCAGUUUGGGAACAUGUAAUUUGUACAUGAUUUUGAUAAAAUUUUAUAUGAUAAUACAUAGUUUUGUAUACAAGUGAAACUUCUGCAAUCAGUAAUCUCUGCACUUUCCAAGUCUGAUUUCUAAUUUCAAAAUAACACAUUUUAAAAGAAAAUAAUGUUGCUUGAGAAGUAUAAUGUUUUUGCAGUGGAAAAUGCUUGGCAAAAAAGCUAUCUGAAGUAAUACUUUCUGUUUAUCUGAUAUCAGAAUAUAUUUAAGAAGAUACGCACAGUUUUUAAAAAAUACUUAAUUGCCCUGUUGUACUAAGUUUUAAUUAAUUUUUUGCAAGAUUCUCCCUGAAUGUUUUUUGUAUUUCUGAAUUUUUAGAUCUGUGCUUGCAUGAGCACACAUUCACACAAAAUCACACCUUUUACUAUCUUCUGAGGAUUCCAAAUAAUUAGAGCUACAGUGGCAUAAAUCAUUAAGAAAUGUAAAACAUCAUCAUGCUACAUUUUUAUUUCUUCAUUAAGUUCAGAAUGAUUUAAAAACGCUUACUGGAUAGGCACGUGAUUAAGAUACAGUUUGAUAGUUCAAAUUUUUAGAGUUGAAGGAUUUCUUAAUCUUUCUCCUAUCAACUUAAUCUAGUCAGCUGUAGGAAGAGUUAGCGUGAGAGGGAUUUGGGCAGAUUUCUUCAAAGAAGAGAUCUUCUCUGGCUGGAAAACGAGAUGUGUAAAAUGCUCUAGGGUACAUUUUCAUUUUGAAGGAGCUUGGCUGCAUCCACCUCAUCUUUUCUUUCUUUGGGCUUUGUAAUUGCGUCAGUGUUCUGUCUUUACUCAUACAGGAAGGACUGCUACCCUUCUCUUAGAGGCCUGUGUUAUCACAGAAUCUUUUUCCACUGAAAUGAUUCACAAAGUUCCUAUUGACUUCAACGCUGCAGGGCCAGACUACUGGAGGGGUGUACAUCUGCACCACCAGGCUGUGCCGCGCUCGAGGGCUGGUGGUUUCCAUCUCAUGUACUAAAUGUGUUUUCCUUCUAAUUAGAUUAGGUUAUGAAUUCUAGGUAUUGUCAGAACUAGGUAUUGCCAGUGUUUUGUAAAGCAGUUAAGUUCCUGGGACACUCUUUUCAAACUGGAGAGAAGUUCAGAUAUUGAUGAUUUCAACAUUGUUUUUGUACAGCAUGCCAUGUUUUGCAUGUAUGUAAUUUUCUGGAUCAGUUUGUGGUUUGAAUAAAAUACUGGCUUCUGCUGCUUA